UCAAUGUCGUCCCCGGAAAAGAAGAAUGUGCUCUCUCCGUUGCCACAAUCAACGUCGUUUACGUCGCUUCCCGAUGAUUUGCUAAUGAGCUGCAUGGCACGAGUGUCAAGGUUGUACUAUCCGACUCUCUCCCUAGUCUCCAAGAGCUUUCGAUCUCUCCUUGCUUCACCGGAGCUUUACAAGGCCCGGUCACUACAGGGUCACACCGAGAGUUGUCUCUAUGUGUACUUAGCAUCCUCUUAUGAUAAUCGCUGGUUCACCCUCUGCCGGAAACCUGAUAAAACCCUAACCAAUGACACUAGCUUGAACAAGAAGUCAAGUGGAUAUGUUUUGGCUAGAGUCCCGUUUCUUCAUUCUCCUCCUGCCUACUUUUCGUGUCUUGUGGCCGUUGGUUCUGAUAUCUACAACAUCGGAUGCAAAAGCAGAUACGACUUUAAGCCAUCCUCUAGCGUCUUGGUUAUGGACUGUCGGUUUCACACGUGGCACGAGGCUCCAAACAUGCAGGUGGAGCUAACUUCACUUUCUGCUAGCGUCGUUGAUGGAAAGAUAUAUGUAGCAGGAAACUCUUGCCUAUACGCGAAGAAGAACUCGUUCGAGGUGUUGGACACAAAAACAAAAACUUGGGAUCCUGAGCUUCCUUGCAGCUACACAAAACACAGUUUCUAUAACUCGAGAAGCUCAUGUAUUGACGGAAAGUUUAACGUGGUGGCUUGCGGAGACAUGGUUGCUUACAAUUCCAAGGAAGGUAGAUGGGACAACGUUGAAACAAGAAGAGGUAAUUAUAUGUUUUUGGAUUGUUAUUGCGAGAUAGAGAAUGUUUUGUACUCUGCUCCAUUUGGAGGAUUCAGAUGGUAUGACACUGAGGUGAGAAUGUGGAAACAAUUGAAAGGUUUGGUAGGUCUAGGUAAAUUGCCUCUUCCUGGUACUGUCAGAUUGGCUGAUCAUGGAGGUAAGAUGGCGGUAUUUUGGGAAGAGAAUUUGGGUAGCCAGAAGAUGAUUUGGUGUGCGGAAAUUGCGCUUGAGAGACGCAAAAGCUGUGAGAUUUGGGGAAUAGUUGAGUGGUUUGAUCAUGUUCUCACAGUUCCUAUAGGCUAUAAGUUUGUCAAGGCUCUUGCUGCUACUGUUUGA